UUGGAGCUUAUGAGACAACACACUGAUGGUAAGGAUCUUGUACGUUCAGGAGUCACACGUUUUGCCACGAAUUUCCUCAACUUACAGAGCAUAUUACGUGCAUUGCCCAACCUAAAGAGGAUGUUUGUGAGUGAAAGAUGGUUGCAAAGCUCUUAUUGUAGGAAGCCUGAAGCAGAGAAGGUCGUGAAGGCUGUUUUUGAUGAUAGAUAUGCCAAACUCAUGGAGGAGAUCAUCAAUUUGUCAGAACCGUUGGUGAGGGUUCUACGGAUGGUGGAUGGGGAUAAAAGCCCCAUAGGGUAUCUAUAUGAGGCCAUGGAUAAGGCCAAAGAGGCAAUUCAGCACUUGUAUGGGUCAGAGAGGACUAAAUAUGAACCCAUAUGGCGCAUAAUUGAUCAAAGGUGGAACCGACAACUCCACCAACAUAUCCAUGCUGCUGCCUACUAUUUUAACCCCAAGUUCUUUUACUCCCGCAAUUUCAAAAUAGAUGAGGAGGUUCAACUUGGCCUUGACACAUGUAUUCAGAGGUUGGUUCUUGAUGAAAAUAUUCAAGACAUCAUUGUUGAUGAGUUGCAGAGGUACAAGAAGGAAGAUGGGCCAUUGUUUUCUUCACCUAUUGGUAUUCGUAAGAGAGACACCCUGCUGCUAGAUCUGUGGUGGGAAGAUUAUGGUGCCACAACGCCUAAUCUCCAAAAGCUUGCAAUCCGCAUAUUAUCUCAGCCUUGUAGUGCUUCUAGUUGUGAGUGCAACUGGAGUGUCUUUGAGGCCAUUCACACAAAAAAGCGCAAUAGGUUGACUCAAAAGCGAUUGAAUGACCUUGUAUAUGUGCAGUACAACCUUCUACUGCAUGAAAGGAGGGUACAAGGGAACAAUUCAUAUGACGCACUUGACAUUGAUGAGAUUGAUCCAUACAUGACGGAUUGGAUUGCUGAACCUGAUGGUGCUACUGGUGAUGUUGAUGUGGAUAAUGACGCUUAGUUAGAUGAGAUGGAGAGGGAGGCAGCUGAAUGGGCGGCAGAGGUGGCAAAACGUGAGGAGGCGGGAGAUGAGUUUGUUGAUCCAGAAGAGGCAGAUUCAUCAUCGGUUGAGGAUAUUGCAGCAGCAGCAGCUGCUGCAACACCAUCUACUUCAGCACCCACUCAGGGGCAAUAGAGUUUUUUGAGUUUUAGUCGCAAACGCAAUCUAUGAUUUCCAGUUUUCAAUGAUAUGAAACCAUGAACUUAAUAUGUAUUCAGACUUCACUAAUUUGUUUUGUG